CAUCGUCUUCCUUUUCCCUCUUCCUCAUUUUCCUAUUUCCUUCUAUGCAGCCCUGCCAGACCAUCGGGGGUUAUUCUUUGAUACACCUCCGACACCUCGACGACAUCGACAGGGAUCAUCAUUAAAGUUUCCCUUCCUCCCCCUCUGCUCGUACGAAAUUCUUAUCAAUCAACCCAAACCCUUCCGCCCCUCUCGAGUGUGCGCGCGCAUACUCCACAAACACACACGGUCACGAUCCCCAAUCGUGCGUGUCUUCGUUUCCCAACUCACAACGCCCGUUCCGUUCCCACUCUGCCGCAAUGACAGAAGAAAAAGUCCUCCACUCCGCCGGCAACCCCAACCACGACCGCGUCCAGAAGCCCAACGGCAGCAUCAGCGGCGCUAGCACCGGCUUAAAUCCGCGCUCUUGCGUCACCUGCAGGCGAAGGAAGGUAAAGUGCGACAAGAAGCAGCCGUGCUCCAAUUGCGCCCGCGCGAAGAUCGAAUGCGUGUUCCCCGGCCCCGGGCGCGCACCCAGGAAGAGCAGGAAGCCGCAGGAUGGGGAGCUCAUGGAGAGGCUGCGCCGGCUGGAGGGCGUCGUGCAGAGCUUGAAUGCGCAGGUCGAGGAGCACGAGCAGGAGGCUGCGGAGAGGGAGAAGCAGACUAGUUCGAGUGACUGUCCGUAUACGAGUAAUAAGGCGGGGAGUCCCAGUGUCGCGGUUGACAAUAGUGUCGAGGGGCUCGAGAGUCGGUUUGGGAGGUUGGUCGUGGACCAGGGUAGGAGUCGAUAUAUCAAUAACAGCUUCUGGGCGAGCUUGAAUAAUGAGGUCGAGGAUCUCAAAUCCAUUCUGAUCGUCAAUUCGGACGAUGAAGAUAAUAACGAACAAGACAGUCCUGACACAAACUCGUCUUCGCAACAUCAAGGCUUCGUCUUUGGUUACAGCUCUAACAGUGUAGACAUGUAUCCACUGCAUCCCAAGCCCGAACUAGCCCGCGAAUUCUGGGAAAUCUACAAAGAGAAUGUUGAUCCGUUGGUCAAAGUCCUACACAUUCCUUCCUUUGAGCCCGUCCUCUUCGACGCCUUUACACAUCUAGAUAAACUACCAAAGGGCCUCGAAACCCUACUAUUCGCUAUAUACUACGGCGCAGUGACGAGUAUACUGCCCCAGGAGUGCCAAGAACGAUGGGGAGAGACCCGUGACGUCUUGUUGAGCAGGUAUCGAUUCGGACUAGAGCAGGCGCUUGCCCGAGCCAACUUCCUCUACUGCGAUGAGAUGGUCAUUUUGCAGGCUUUCGUCGUUUUCCUGAUCCUGCUGAGGAGAAACGACGACGCAAGAAAGAUCUGGACGUUGACUGGAUUGGCUGUGCGGAUUGCGCAGACGCUAGGUAUACACAGAGAUGGCAGCCACUUCAGCCUGAAGCCGUUUGAAAUUGAAAUGCGCAGGAGACUGUGGUGGCAGGUUUGCAUUCUUGAUGCCAGAGCAUCCGAAGACCAUGGCUGUGACCCGACCAUUGUUGAGGCACAGUUUGACACCAAGAUGCCUCUCAACGUAAAUGACACCGACCUUGAUCCCAACAUGCAAAAGUUCCCCGAGGAACGCAUCGGCUUCACGGACAUGACAUUCUGUCUCAUCCGAUUCGAGGUGGCCAACAUCUUCCGUCGCAUUCUCUACAUCCCUCCCGGCCCAAAUAGAUGCAACGAAUUCUUCGUCAACCUUACGAUUCCCGAAAAGGAGAAAUGGAUCAGUGAUUGCCACCAACGCCUCGAAGACAAGUACCUCAAGAACUGCGACAUGUCUAUACCCCUAUUCUGGGUCACUGCAACGAUUUCACGAUUGGUAAUGAGUAAGAUGUGGCUGAUUGUCUAUCAUCCUCAUCAACGAAGGGACGGUGGCGCCUCACUUCCCCAGGAAACCAAGGAUAAGCUUUUCAUCACGUCUUUGGAGAACAUCGAAUAUUCCAUUUUGCUCGAGACAGAAGCGCGGACGAUGAAAUGGGGAUGGCUCUUCCGUACAUACGUUCAAUGGCACGCCAUCGCCUUCCUCCUCUCCGAGCUCUGCGUCCGUACGAAAGGCGAAGCUGUAGAGCGUGCAUGGAGAGCACUCGAGGCGACUGCCGGCCGGUGGUGGUUCCCCCUUGGAGACUCCAGUUCCUUCCGAAAGGGCGAGCAAGGAUGCCUGUGGAAGCCACUCCGAAAGCUCUUGGCUAAGGCUAGGGCUGCCAGGGAGCGUGAGCUUGCGCUCGAACGUGCAAGUCUGGUGCUGAAGGGGGGAGGUGUUGCUUACCGUGACGUCCCCGCCCUACUCGAACAAACACCAGAAACUGCAUCCUUGGACCAGCCCAGCUCAGAGAACAUUGACAAGAUGCUACGACCGUCCGCACCACGGCUAGGUGAAAUGCCAGAUGCAAACCCACCCAGCUGGGCCGGAAGCCCAGUGUCGCCUACCAUGCAGUCCCCAAUAGACGGACUCAAUGACUCGAAUCCAGCAACAAACGGACGCGCACCUCACCAGGACAACAUCUUCAGUCAGCUUGACUACGGCCUGGACCACGUCAUUCGCGAUGUUAUGGACGGACUGAACUAUGAUGACAACGGAAUGUUCGCAUCCUCCGCCAUCGACAUCCAAGAAAUGAACAAAUACAGACCAUCCCUACAGCAAGUAAACCAACGCCAACCACAUCAACAACAACUCACCCAAUCUCCCGCCCAACUACUCCACCAAAGCCUCCCAGCCUCCACCACGACCUCACCCCAAAUGCCACAUCUAAACGGCACCGGCCUCUCAGGCUUUCCCCAAGUACAACCACAACAGCAACAAGCGCCAGGACCUUCCAUCUUUGACUUCAACGACUCGCCACAAUUCGGCGGUAGUGGCGGUGGCAUGAGCAACUCGAGCGGGCCAACAUCCGACUCUCCAGUGCUGGAGAACGCGAGCGGAGGCAUGGAUUGGGCCGGCUGGGACGACCUCGUGCGCGACUACGGCAUGGAUGGUGUGCAGGGUCAAAUGACUGCGAAUGGCGCUGGUCAUUUAGGGAUGGUGAACUGGUUUUAAGAUACCUUGUUUCUCUUUUACAUCAACAUCAACAUCAACGCAUCAAAUUUCAUGGUUCGUAACGAUGAUAGACAAACCUACGAUUCGACAUUCAUUGGGCUACGCGGAUCUCGGAAUCAGUAUUUGGUUUCUCAAAGUCACGUCUCUAUAGGAAAAUUGCGAAAUGGCCAUCGCAUACUUCCAAUUGCUUCUUCAUCCAUUCAGCAAAAGGCCUCCGGCG